AUGCCCAAUCUCACAAUACACGUUGACCAACAACAACCAGUAUUCACUAAUGGAGACACUAUCAGUGGCCACAUCACCCUCCAGGUUAACGACAGAAUCGACUUGAACGAAAUCACCAUCGAGCUUCUAGGAAUAUCAGAAACCAGAAUCAGCAAUUCCCAGGGCCCAGGCAAAUCAUACCGUUCACAUGUUCUAGUCAAGCGUCUGGUGAGAGUAUUCCCCGAACAGUUCCUGGAGUUGAAGUCUUCCCACUACACCUUGGGCAAUGGGACAUACAGUUACCCAUUUUCCCUUCAAUUCCCAUCGUCUACCACCCCCAUCGAAUGUAUCGCCAAUAGCUUCACAGGUAGGUGCGGGUUCAUAUAUCACAACACCAUCGAUGCCCCAGCAACUAUUCCUCCAACUUUCUACUAUGGAUUAUUCGAAGACUUUGCCAGGGUCACUUACCAGUUGGUCGCGGUUAUCCACAAGCAUGCAUUCUACAAGCUCAAUCUACGAGCAUCGCAUCCAUUGUUUUUUUCACCGAAGAAUUCCUGGUUGUCAUUCUCCUUGAGUCAUAUUUAUGACGGUAAGCGAUCUCAUAUUAUGAGAAAUUCCGAAACGGUUGACUGUAAAAUAGGGUUCCAAAGCACUGCACCUCCAGCUACCACGUUUGUUAAACGACUUCUUAGUUCAUCAACAAUCAGCUUACCAUUUGUCGCGGUUUGUCAAUUUAAACCUUUUAUCUCCAGGACUUUUAAUGAAGGUACCACCAAUCGUCUUCUUCCAGUAGACACCCCUCUCCCGGAUCUUUUAGAUAUCAAACUUAUAUCAUUGAUUCUGCCCAAAGAAAUCCGAAAACUCCUUAAUAAUGAUGAUGAUGAGGCGUUCAAUUCUAAAAAGAAAAGAUCUACCACUCACAACAACACUCCUCCUGAACAAAUUGUCAUCACCCGUCUUCGAGUCUCUUUGCAAGAAUUGAUAACUUUCUCCACGACGGUGCAAAAGGGCGCGGUGAAUGAAUUCGCGAUACAAGAUACAACCCUCAAUCACACAUUAAAUUUGGAUACCGAUUUCGAUCGAAUGCCAAUAUCCAGUGUUCCAAUUGCAAAAAAAAUCACCGAUAAGUGGGGGAACCGUAUUACGGAACACUGUUAUGGCAUGUCGUUGUUUCCCGAAUGGUUCAACGCGAAAAUCCCCAGGACCCCUCAGCUGUUUGUGUGUUGUAACAUUCAGAACGAUUACACUUUAUCAGUGAGGCUUGAUUUGUCAACCACCUUAGGCAAAAAAAAUAGUAGCGCUAAGUGUUAUUGUCCAGUAGUAAUUCUACGAGAUGAGUCCACCAAUGCGGUGCCUGAAGAUGUGCCGCAAUAUACUCAGGAUAUCCAACCAGGAGAGCUAUCGAUUCAAGACACGGCACCACAAUAUACUGAAGAUGAAUUACCUAAUUACUCAGCUCAGUGA